GUCCUCUUCCCCUUGCACAUACACCUCCAACACCUGUGGCUCCCUCUUUGUCUUUCCCUCUUUAGAGAGAAGAAGAGCAAAGCGAAUAACAAACAAAAACUCUCUUCGGUCACGAUUUCUAAUUUUCUAUUUCAUUCUCUCUCUCGUCGCCACUAGGCCGUUCUCUCUAUAUACAAGCAUAAUUAUAUGCAACCAAUUUUCAUUCUCAGUUUCCCAAAUUCUCUGCUGUGAAUACUUCUGAUUACAGAAUGAGACUUAAGCAUCCGUCCAAUUCCGCUUCUCAAACCGUAACCUCGUCUGAUACGCGUUUGCUUGUCCGUGAGACGCUACGCAUCAGCGCCAACCUCGCAUCGGCACCUCCACCAGCGGCCGUGCCUGAGCGGCCAUUGAUUCGGGAUUCCAACUUUGGCGGACUUGUCGAGGACCAGUUUGUUGAUUCGAGCUAUAGGUUGAUCUGCUGUGAGGAGAUCGAUGGCCAGCGGUGGAAAUAUUUUGCUGAUAAUAAAAGUGUUAAAACGAACGGUUCCAAGAAAUUUAAGAAGAAUUCUAUUCGUGCUGUUAGCCUGCAGGAUCCACAGGUCCCUUUUGAUGGGAUGAUGACAUUUGUAAGGUCCUACGUAGUCCCGGAAGGUUUUCCUGACAGUGUUACACCUGCUUAUGUACCAUACAUGACUUGGAGAGCAUUGAAGCACUUUUUUGGUGGAGCGAUGGGUGUUUUCACAACACAAACACUCCUAAAUUCGGUAGGAGUAUCAAGAAAUCAGUCUGCACCAGGUGCUGUGGCUAUAAAUUGGAUUCUUAAGGAUGGUGCUGGACGGGUUGGGAAGAUGCUUUUCGCUCGGCAGGGAAAGAAAUUUGACUACGAUCUAAAGCAGCUUCGGUUUGCUGGUGAUCUUUUAAUGGAGUUGGGAGCUGGGGUAGAGUUAGCGACUGCAGCUGUUCCACAUCUAUUUCUUCCAUUAGCCUGUGCUGCCAAUGUGGCGAAGAAUGUUGCCGCUGUCACAUCAACCUCAACUCGAACCCCAAUAUACAAGGCCUUUGCUAAAGGAGAAAAUAUUGGAGACGUGACCGCCAAGGGAGAAUGUGUUGGAAAUGUUGCUGACCUGCUUGGAACUGGACUGAGUAUCAUGAUCGCUAAAAGAAACCCAUCUUUAGUAACCACAUUUGCGCUGCUUUCAUGCGGAUAUUUGAUGAGCUCUUAUCAAGAGGUAAAAUCUGUUGUGCUGCAUACACUAAAUCGUGCAAGGUUCACUGUGGCAGUAGAAUCCUUCCUCAAAUCAGGGUGUGUUCCAACUUUGCAAGAGGGAAAUUCAAUGGAAAAUAUAUUCAGUUUUCCAUGGUCAAAACACAGACCUAUUGUUCUUGGGCCAAGAUUUAAAGAUGCAUUUCAAGAUCCUAACUCAUAUCUGGCAGUGGAGCCUAUUUUUGAGAGAGAGAAAUACAUCGUGUCAUAUAAUCCUUCCAAGGGCAAUAUAUAUGCCUUGUUCAAGAACCAAGCAAAGUCUGAUGACAUAUUGAAAGCAGCUUUCCAUGCUCAUGUGCUUCUCCACAUCAUCCACACCUCCAAUCAGAACCAAUAUUCCUCUUGGAGAGAGCAAGAGCAGGAUCUUUCGAUGUUAGUGCCAACAUCAUCUGAUCUUCAAGCUCAUAUUGCAGAAUCUUAUAAGAUGGUGUCAGCUUUAUAUGUGCCUUUCAAGAACAAAGCAAAGGAACAGGGUUGGGUAAUGUCAGAAUCGCUACUUAAUCCUGGCCGAGCUCGACUGUGUCAAUUGGACAAAUAAGACAUCCUGAUUUUAAAAUAUCUGUACAAAUUUGAUGAUGGAUUCCAAAGAGCUCAGGUUGUUUAUCAUAUUUGAACAUUUACUCUAGGACGCUUGGUAAACGUGGUUCGUGCAUGCAUCAAGUGCGGCUUGUCAUGUGACUUCAGAAUCAUCAUGUCAACGUGUUUGCAUGGAACGUGCAGUUUCCAGCAUGGAACAAAUAAAUAAAUUACUAGACUCUUCUUUGGAUCCAACGUAAAAGGUUUUCUAGACUCUCCAAUGUCAUGAGAUGCGUAUUUGGUGGAGAAGCAGAGGUGUAACUAUUUGUAGUUAUUGUUGUUUAUUUUACCGUUCAAGAUUUUUUCAGCCUGUAACUUUCUGGGUAAUGUAUAUUAUGAAGAUUUCUUAGUAUUUUCUUGCUGUAUUUCUCUGUGCUUGCUAGCUAACUCACAGAAGAAUAUGUAGGGCAGUGUUGCCUUUGUUUGGAAUUCUUGAGAUUGAGAUUGGAAUUGGAAUUGGAA